AUGCGGUGCAAGAAGUUUCCUGAAGAAAAUAUGCAGAAAGAGAUUCAGCAAGCCUACUCGAAAGCAAACUUCUUCGUCGUGACUGGGUUAAGAUACUCGCGCUAUUGGCAGUUUGAAUCAGAUACGGAGCUGCCGCUGCCUUAUCAGCUCAUGAUAGGUUUUCAGCCGGAUUCUCCAAUAAAGGGGCUUUUUGAAGCCACCUGCCGUGACUUCCGCUACUUUAAGGGACACGUUGACAUGUUUCUGGUUCCCGAAUUCCUGGCCCCUGACUUUGCCUAUGAUUUACUCAACUUCUACUGCAUCAACGAUCUACAAGUCUUCUCAACCUGGACCAAAAAUUAUGAUGCAUCCGCUAAAGUCUACUGGCAGACUUUGAAAAAAGUCAUCGACUUUUAUGAGCACCCCUCCGCCCCGACAUCCCCUGCCCGGGCAUCAUAUGCUCCGGCAUCCCCUGUCUGGGCAUCCCCUGCCCGGGCAUCCCCUGCCCGGGCAUCCCCUGCCCGGGCACCCCCAACCGCAGCUCCCUCAGCCCUGGACCUGGGUCCCUCAGCACCGAACCCUUCAGCACCUGCUCGGACAACCAGUCGUGCUGCGAGCAAACUAUCAAAAUUUCGUAGUUCCCUCGGACGUAAGCUUCACUCCUCGUCCGUCAAAAAGACGAUAAGUCGUUUGAGGUCCAGAGCAAAACAUGGCAUGAAUCAGUCACUCUCACGAACAAGCAGCACUGGCUCCUCGGCGCCCUCACAACCUAGAACUAUCGUGAAUCCCUCAGUCAUAGAGAAGCUGCCCGCCGCUGUUCAAUUCUUGAUGGAAAAGAUGAUCGACCCAUGCAUGGUAUCCACACAUAAAGGCGCCCCUUUUUAUCAGCCAGGCUUGGAUCCCAACAAGGCCAGCCAGAUCUGCAACGUCUACUGCAAAUUUCUGAGCAUCGCGGCCGAGCUAAGCACCUGGCGCAGCCGUGAAAUUGAGGCCUGUAAGAAACUUGUCGGCAAAGGGGAAUGUUACGAAGCAGUCUGCUCUUGCCAACUUUACGGCACCACCAAAUAUCUCCCGGGACCACGUGAUCGUACGCCGAUGUUCGCUGCUCAUAAUAUUCUCCGGCUUAAGUGAGGGUCACGUGGAGAGGCACUGCUGAAAUGACAAUUUUAAAAAUUAUUUAGCCUUACGAUAGACUAGGGUCCAAAGGAUCCGGGUCUUUUUCUGCGAAAUCGGAAGCAAGGGAAAAGGGAAGAGUGAU